AUGCGAGAUCUACCGGCGGGCCGUGCUUGCCAGUGGUGUUCUCAGAAUAAGGAUCUAGUUGACUUCACACCAGUUUAUGAUAUUCGAUAUGACAAAAGACUGAUGAUUAAAAAUGACGAAUCAUUAUUGCAGAAAUUACCAAUGAUUAACAGCUCCGUGGAAGCUUGUAUUCAACUAGCGAACGGGACAUGCAAGUUAUCUUUGAUUGAAAGUGCUCUAUGCGAAUGUCUAUAUCUCACCAGUCGAUUAACCGAUGCGGGUACCUGGCAGAUCCCUCCACUCAUCGAGCACCCCCCUAUAAUUUAUAAAGCAGUGAAACGGGAUGAAAUGUUUCAUUAG